AUGGGUUUACUAACUCUCGGGACACCUUUGUCAUGGAAUGAGACUUUGCCAUUUGUCGAUUAUAUUAAAGAGCAUGGUAUCGCACAGUUUAUAUCUCUUUAUCAUCGAGUCAAAAGCCGCGAAGGUGAUCAACUGAAAUGGGGUGACGAGGUCGAAUAUACAAUUGUUCAAUUUGACGACGAUGCAAAGAAGGUAGAUGGAUUGAUUUCAAAAAUAUCUAAGGCGAAGCAAAUAAAGGGUACGGUCCGAGUGAGUCUACGGUCUGAAGAGAUUCUUGGUCAAUUACAAGCUGGAGAAGAAUUAAAUGCAUUGCUGGGUACUGAAAAUCGUUGCUUAUGGCGUCCAGAAUUUGCAUCAUACAUGAUUGAAGGAACACCGGGUGCACCUUAUGGAGGUCUGUUGGCAUGCUUCAAUGUAGUAGAAAGUAAUAUGAUAUCUCGUCGAGCUGAAGUCACACGAUUGCUGAAAACUAAUGAAUCAGUGAUGUCAAUAUCGUUUCCAGCAUUAGGUACACCAGAUUUCACUUCACCAGCAUAUUUGCCGCGUCCAGAUGAUGAGGACUCUGUUGGUCGCUCAAUAUUUUUUCCUGAUGAAGGAAUUUAUGCGGGACAUCCAAGGUUUCGAAAUUUGGUCAGAAACAUCAGGGAACGUCGAGGUGAAAAAGUUGCCAUAAAUGUACCCAUAUAUCGAGAUAUCAAUACACCACAACCUUAUCGAGAGGAUUUCACGAAUGAGAAAGAUGGUGGUCAAGCUGCUCGGGCUUCAUUACCCGACCAUAUUUAUAUGGACCAUAUGGGUUUCGGAAUGGGUUGUUGUUGUUUACAAGUCACUUUUCAGGCAGUUAAUCUUGACGAGGCACGAUGGUUAUAUGACCAGUUAACUCCAUUAACUCCAGUCUUGCUGGCGUUAUCUGCUGCAACACCUAUAUUUCGAUCGCGUUUAGCCGAUGUCGAUUCUCGAUGGGAUAUUAUAUCAGCGAGUGUAGACGAUCGAACAGCUGAAGAAAGAGGUUUAGUACCUCUCAAAAACAAUAAAUUUGUUUUGGAAAAAAGUCGAUAUGAUAGCACUGAUUGUUACAUUUAUCCUAGUUCUGCACGAUACAACGACAUACCUCUUCAGUUUGAAGAAAAAAUUUAUAAGAAGCUAAUAGAUGGUGGAAUCGAUGAAUUUUUAGCGCAGCAUAUAGCACAUAUGUUUAUUCGUGAUCCUUUGCAGGUUUUUCGUGAGCGCAUCGAACAGGAUGAUGAUAAAACAACGGAACACUUCGAGACGGUACAGAGUUCAAAUUGGAUGAAUAUGCGUUUUAAGCCGCCACCGCCAGAUUCACCAGAAAUUGGUUGGCGCGUCGAAUUUCGACCAACUGAAGUCCAAUUAACAGAUUUUGAAAAUGCUGCUUAUUGUUGUUUUGUUGUGCUUCUGACUAGAGUUAUAAUAUCAUUUCGUCUGACUCUCAUCUUGCCUAUUUCUGCUGUUUCUCAAAAUAUGAAACGCGCGCAGUGCAGAAAUGCUGUAUUGAAACAAAAGCUGUUUUUCCGGAAAGGUAUUGCGGUGUGCAACUCUUCACCUUUCACUACUACUUCCUCUUGUAAAGCGUCAUCCAGCGAUGUAGUCGAAAUGACAGUGAAUGAAAUCAUUAAUGGUAAGGGUGAUGAAUUUCCUGGAUUAGUACCGUUAUUACGCCAGUAUCUAGAUAGCGCUGAUGUCGAUGUUGAUACACGAUGCACCAUAUCUCAGUAUUUGGGUUUCAUACAGAAACGAGCUUCAGGUGAACUGCAGACAUUGGCGUCUUGGAUGAGAGAAUUCGUUGAUAGGCAUGCAGAUUACAAGCAUGAUUCAUUUGUUGGAUGUCGUGUGAUUUACGAUAUGUUAAAAACAAUGGAUAACAUAUCAAAAGGAAAAACUCAUUGCCCCAAAUUACUUGGUGAUUAUCGUUCAAAAACUAAUCCGCAUAUUCCAAUGGCGGUUCGUCGUGCUGAAGAAAGCUUGAUUGUGAAUCUCAAACAGCAAGGUAAUUGA